AUGGAAGAUUUGACUCAGGCGGAGAACACAGAGACGGCGACGGUGAGUCAGGAUACUGCCGGCAAGGAAGCUGGAGACACUGCAUGCGUGUUGAAGCACCUGAAACUUCAGCGCGGGCGCAAGGCCGCCGCGUUUACUCGUGCCUGUAACACGGCGGAGGCUCAGAUCGCGCGCCGAGCUAGCGAGGAAGAACUAAAGAAGCGGCUCGAAACCCUGAAUGCGACACUGGAUGGUUUCAUGGAGGCCAAUGACGCCUAUGUUGAGAAGGUGCAGGAGGUCUGCGAACUGGAAGAAGCGGAAGAGUACGCCACCCGACUGACGGCACGGCACGCCGAGACGGUGAAAAGAAUUGAAGAGGCAACUACGCACCGACCAGUGAAGCUGUUGAUCGGUGCAAACGUCCUUGAAGCAGUGCUGCAACGGGAGGUGCAUGUGGGACGUCCGAAUCAGCCGGCCGCUGUGAAGACAGACCUAGGAUGGACCCUGACGGGCUGCGUGUCUGACAUCGUGCCCAGCAGCAUGCGCCAGGUCAUGUUUCUGAGACGCCAAUCGAGUGAGAGCGAAGUGGAGCUGUGCGCUGCCGUCAACGAAUGGUGGUCUACAGAAGCAUUUGGAACAAAGUACAGUGAAACGACGUCACGAUCGGAGGAGGAUAAGAAAGCACUCCAGAUGCUGGAAAGAAACACGACCAAAAGUGGAGAGCGAUACGAGACCGGCCUGCUGUGGAAAGAGACAGGUCCUACACUUCCCAACAACAAGCGACAGGCUAUUCAGCGACUACAGGCAACGGAGAGAAAGCUCGAGAAGCUUCCAGAGGUCGCAGGGAAGUACCAGGUCAUCAUCAACUCCUACGUCGCCGAGAGACAUGUAUCGGUCGCUGCUGUCUCAGCAGACGCACUUACAGAGCAGAAUGAGUUUGAGCUGGGCCAGCAGUUGCAGGAGGCCCAGCAGGAGCUGCAGAAGCAGUCCAGCCAGUUGGAGGAGCAGCAGCAGGCAGCUGCCAGACUCCAGGAGCAGCGGACCACGGCCACCGCAGACUACAGGAAGGCAGAUGCCGGCCUCACUAGGGCGUUGGCCGCUGAGCUGGCCGCCUGUCGGGAGCGCGACCAGGUGCUCUCGGACAAGGCGAGCCUGGUACAGCAGCUGCAGCGGCGCGCUGCUGGGGUGGCCCGGCUGACGACCGAGCUUGCCGACCGGGGAGCUGAACUGGCUGCAGCUAAUGCGGCAAAGUGUCGGGCGCUUGCACAGGUGGGGGAAAUUGCCGCCAAGGAGAUCAAUUUCCAGUACAGAGAGAAGAAGAUGGCGAGUGAGAAGGAGGUGCUGGAGAAGCAGAUGCCUCUGCUGCUGGAGAGCCUGAAGUCGCAAGCAGAGGAACUGUCCACGCUGCGCCGCCAGCACAGCUCGCGGAUCCUCCAGCUGCAGGCCGACCUUGCCAACAAGAUGGACCAGCUGGGGACGGAGCAGGCGGAAAAAGAACGGCUGACACAGCAGGCGGCCGACCUGGAGCAGCGGCUCACCGAACUGGUGGAGAAGCCCCGGCUGCAGCGUGAGGCCGAGAUCGAGCAGGAGGAAAACUAUCGACAGCAGCUGCGGUCACAGGAGCGGCUGGCGCAGCCCUACAAAGAGGGCGUCGAGAAGGCGGAGGCCAGGUCGAAUGAGAUGCUGCGCUCGGUGGACGAGCUGCGGUCACUGCUGAGCUCGGCCAGCGAGCAGCAAAGCCAGCUGGAGGUGCAUCCGGACGAGACGCACACCCAGCACGGCCAGUGCCUGGUGGAGCGCGACAAGGUGAUCCUCCAGCUGCGCGACCGGCUGGAGACUUACGAGGAGCAGCUGCAGGCAAUCACCCGCAAAGGUAGCCUAUCAGACGAGGCGGUGGAGGCCACGUCACCGUCCGCCGCCGCCGUCAGCCGGCUCCUGUGGCAGGGUAUGACGCUCACACAGAUCUUCACCGGGUUCAGUCAGGCCAAGGAGCAGCUGACGGCCACAGAGGCCGAGAGCAAGCAGUUCAAACUGUGCCUCGACCAGAUCCUGAAGGACAUUGAUAAGUGGACGCCGGCUAUCCAGAGACAGCGCGAGGAUUAUGAGGCGGCGGUGCAGACGAUCAACUCUCCCACAGGCAACAAUGACGAGGCAUUACGGGAGCUGGAGACAGCACGCGCCAAGCCUGACGGCGCCCGCCGGCGACUGCGUAUCGUACAACACGAGAGGGAUCGGCUGGCCGCCCAGACAGCGGACCUGGCAAUGCAGUUUUGUGUGCCGCUGAAGAAGGUGAAGGAGGCGCGCGGCGGGUUCGUCGCCACACCCCGAUACGAGCUCGAGCUGGACACCUUCUCCGCCGGACGGCUGAUCGCCCAGCAUCUGGUCACCUUCCGGGACAAAGAGGGGCUCCAGGCGCGCAACCAGGAGCUGCUGUCCGUGGUGCGCGAACUGAGCGCCGCCCGAGAGGAGCUGAACACGCAGCGCUCAAAGCUGCGUCCCGUGGACAACUGA